AUGCUUGAAGGACUGAGGGAGCUACGGAGGGUGUCUGAGGCCUGGCAGGGCAGCCACCUGCCCCGAGCCGGGCCCGGCCAGGCCGUUCUGCCCUCCACGGGCCCUGCAGCUUCGCGUCCCCGGAGGAGGACACCGGGGAAAGAUGCCGGAGGGGCCCGCCUCCUCGGAGGCCUCCGCCAAGGCCGCGGAGCCAUCUUAGUGGGGGGAGCCGGGGCUCCGGCCCUCCCAGUCAGCGCCUCCGCGCCGCAGGUGCCGGGGAGCGGCGUCAGGCGGAGCGCGCAAACCCGCGUCCGGCGGCGCCGAGCCCGGCUCCCCUCGGCUCCCUCCCACACCGAGCGGGGCUCCCCGGGCCGGGUCCUCCUCCCUUCCCCCCUCCCUCCUCUUCUCUCCUCCUGCCUGCAGAGCUCCGGUCACCCCCGGCCCUCAUCCCCGGCCCUCCUCGCCCGAGCGCCCGCCCCGCCGCUCAGCGCUGACCCCUUCCCUCCCUCCUGGCUGGCUCGGGCGGCCCCGCUCCUUACCCCACCCAGAGGGAGCUCACCUCCUCCUCCUCCUCCUCACUCCCGCCUGGAGACCGUCGGCACCGACGCGCCGGCGUCCCGGCCCGCCCCUCCCUCCCCUCGGCGCGCAGCAGAGCCAACCUCCCCCAGCCGCCAGCCGGGCCCCCUCCUUCCUCCGCCCGCGGCCCAGGGACGGGCCCCGCUGCCGACCGACAGCUCGCUCGCUCGCCCCCCGGGCCCGGCGCCGCCCGUCGGAACCACCAAACCCAUGGGGCGAAGGGUCCCGGUUUGCCCGGCGCCGCUUGGGCAGCGCCUGAGAAAGAAGAAUGCUAGAGGCAAAGUCUGCAUCGUGAGCAUAGUUCCUUGGCUUAAAGCAGCACGGAGUCUACUCCAAGAAGUACACGGCAACUGAUGAGCAUGGAGCAUCUGUGGCAAGGGAAAAAAACACCAUCUUCAAAUUUUAAGGAGCAAACAUGACCCUUUCUGUUUCUGCUGCUUCCCACCCACAUUUAGUUAGUGUGAGAGAAGGAAAAAAAAAAAAAAAAAGGAAAAAAUAUAAAUUUCUUUGCCUGGAAGUAUCGAAGAAGGUAUUGUUUUCUCAACCACAAGCAAGGACUUU